GCUGCUCGGUGCUGCUCAAUCACAAGGUGCACGCCGUGAUCGGCGUGCUCUCGGACGACACCGACCCCAUGGUGACGGUGAUGAAGCUGGACAAGGCACCUCAGGAGACGUACGCCGACAUCGGAGGCCUGGACGCACAGAUCCAGGAGAUCAAGGAGUCGGUGGAGCUGCCGCUGACGCACCCCGAGUACUACGAGGAGAUGGGCAUACGGCCGCCCAAGGGCGUCAUCUUGUACGGCGCGCCCGGCACCGGCAAGACACUGCUGGCCAAGGCCGUGGCCAACCAGACGUCGGCCACUUUCCUGCGCGUGGUCGGCUCGGAGCUCAUUCAGAAGUACCUGGGUGACGGGCCGAAGCUGGUGCGCGAGCUGUUCCGCGUGGCCGAGGAGCACGCGCCAUCGAUCGUCUUCAUCGACGAGAUCGACGCCAUCGGCACCAAGCGCUACGACUCCAACUCUGGCGGGGAGCGUGAGAUCCAGCGCACCAUGCUGGAGCUGCUCAACCAGCUGGACGGCUUCGACUCGCGCGGAGACGUGAAGGUGGUGAUGGCGACCAACCGGAUCGAGACGCUGGACCCGGCGCUGAUCCGGACCGGCCGCAUCGACCGCAAGAUCGAGUUCCCGCUGCCCGACGAGAAGACCAAGCGACGCAUCUUCCAGAUCCACACCAACCGUAUGACGCUGGCGGACGACGUCAACUUGGACGAGCUGAUCUUGGCCAAGGACGACCUCAGCGGCGCCGAUAUCAAGGCGAUCUGCACCGAGGGCGGGCUGAUGGCGCUGCGCGAGCGGCGCAUGAAAGUCACCAACGAGGACUUCAAGAAGUCCAAGGAGAGUGUGCUCUAUCGCAAGAAGGAGGGAACCCCAGAGGGUCUCUAUCUAUAGAGGUUCAAUGAGACCGGCCUGUGGUGUUCUCUGAAUGGAACGCUGUGAAAACACUUAAAUCUGAUUUGAACGCGAACUUUGUGACGAUGCCACAUGGACGUUAAAAAUAAAUGCGCCUCAAUGUGCA